GUGUGCCGCUGGACGCCGAACCGCCUUCCCAGCAGCCACCGUUCCCUACAUUCCUCGUUGCCGCACACGCCUCCUUCCUAACCCCACCGCCCACGCUCCUUCUUGGCGGAACCGAGCCAUCAUCGCCUCCGAUGAAUUAGCAGCCUUCAGGAGUGACCACUGAUUACUCCUGCUGCCUUCGCGCACUACACUAGGACGUCGAGUCUUCGAUUGCUCCUCUCGGCUUUCCCCUUUCGGCUCUUUGCACUAACCACGGUCACUGGUCCUUGACGGAGACGUCGCACGACGCAAAUCAACAGACACCCAUCAUGACCUCUACCCUUCCACCGGAUCCCUGGAAAGCUCUCGGUGUCGAGAGGCAUGCAGACAAGUCUGAGAUUCGGUCUGCGUACAAGAAGCUUGUGCUCAAGUGCCACCCGGACAAGGUGCAGGACCCCACGCAGAAGGCGCUGAAGCAGGAGGAGUUCCAGAAGGUGCAGCAGGCGUACGAAUUGCUCAACAACGAUGCUGAGAAGGCGAAGUACGAGCAGAAGCUGCAACUCGCAGAGCUGCAGCGCGCUGCCGCCAAGGUCCAUCAGGACGCGAAGAACUCGCCCAACACCUCAGUCCCGCGCUCAUCGACGAGAUACGCCACCUAUGACAUUCGGACUGCCGAACCGACGUCGAGAUACAAGAGUUCUCCGUCAGGCGGGAAGGUGUACACACACUACACAACGACACAUACCCGCUCUCACGAGGAGAUGCCCAGUACCCGCUCCUAUCCGCUGUAUGAGGAAAGUGACAAAGCGGCGCGGAAGUCGGCGGGUUACGAAAAGCCCUCGAAGCGUGACGAGGAGAGACGGGAGCGUGAUCGCGAAGAGCGGAGGCGCAGGAGAGAGGAUGAGGAGCUGCUCAGGCAGCGAGAGAAGGAGCGAGACCGGGAACGCGAGAGGGAGAGAGACCGAGAAAGGGAGAGAGAAAGGGAUAGGGAGCGUGAGAGGGCGGAGAAAGAGCGUGAAGCCCGCAAGGCUGAAAAGAAGCGGAUUGAGAAGGAGAGAGAGAAGGAACGAAGGAGAGACGUCGAGGACAAGGCCCGUCGCCACAAGCCCUACGUAGAACCCUACGAGGCUGCCUAUGUGGAGGAUCUCCUAUUCGAAGACGAGAAGUUCGUCACCUCCCGAUCAGAAAAGAAGCGGUCAUCGAGCAGGAAGCACGACGAAGCACGCGAACGGGAGCGAGAGCGAGAGCGAGACCGCGAUCGCGAUAGGGAGAGGGAACGGGACCGGGACAAGUCGAAUUCGCGCCGAGCCAAAUCUCCCCAUCUGAGCAGCGAUCAGAAACUGAAACACAUGGAAGAAUUCGAGCGGGCCAAACUCUACAUGUCCAGCGCCGGAAGCUCGGUACCUGAAAAGACGGCCUUUUGGAUUUCCCAGACUCCCCCGGAUUCCUACCUCACGCCUCCUGUGCCCUCACCCCCGCCCGCUGUCGACUUGGAAGAAGACAGCAUUCGACACGCAGCUGCCCGCGCAGCGGGGCGUCGUUCCUCCAACGAUCCCGCCAGGUCGCGGGAGAAACUGAGCUACAAUCUGGAUGCCACGGCGAGGGCCCGGCCCAUCCCUAACCUGACCAAGUCCUACAGCACGCCCCCUCCGGCCCCGGAAUCGCCACCGCGUGUCAGCCGAUCCCAAACAACUCCGCAUGAGUCGUACGCUCGGCCCAUUCCAGCGCCACUCCAACGAGGUGCUACCUGGGCCGCGGGCGGAAUCGACGAGCGGCACCUCGCGACUGACUACUUGGACGAUUACGAUUCUGAUGACGGCCGAGAACGCCGCCACCGCCGGAGCCGCCGAACCCGAUCGCCUUCGGUGCAAGCCGCGUCUCGGUACAAGGUCGAGGGCGCCAAGACGUCGAAGAUUGACUCCCACUACUCGUCAUCCAAGCUGGAAUCGCCUUACGUGUACGGCGAUUCGCCGUCGUCAACCAGGCGAUAUGCAGCAGCGGAGGUGCUGGCGCGCUCGCCGAGUUCGACGUAUGCAGGCGCCCCCUUCAAAGUCAAGGAGGCGCCGGUCUACGGCCCGGAUGAUGUCAAGUACUCGGAGUACGCCCAACCGUCGUACUAUUCGGCGGCUCGUACCCCUGCCUGAAAAGGCUGGGACUGGGCUAGAUCCCUGCGCGACCACCGAGUCUACGUGAGAGGGCGGUGCGACAAGACGCUCGGGCUCCAUGUAUUCUGGUGUUCCUUUCAUUUUCUUAUAAUGCCUAAUGAGCAAUCGAUGGGUAAGUGCGGGGAUGGGUUUACGAUGAUGAUUUCAUGGGCUAUUUCCUCUCCUCAUGUUACUGGCGCCUGGGGGUAUGGACGAUACGGCUCGCGGAGGCCUUCUGGAGUACUGGGUCUCAAUUUGGCUUCAUUUCCUUUAC